AUGAGUUUCAAGGUGCCGCCCCACUUUUUGCAGGUGGCUGUGCUGGCGUUGGCCCUGAGCCUCGAAGUGCUCCUUCCGCCGGUUCUCACGGAGGAGAUCGGCCUAGAGGACGUGGAGGCGAGAUCGCCACAAACGCUUCAACUGCACGGGCCAUUUUUGUUUUGCAUUCUCGCCGAACGGCCCUCGGGGACUUGGUGCAAGGCCCUUUGA